UUGUUUUCAAAUUUUUAUUUUUUUUUCCCAUAAUUUAUUAUAAAGUAAAGUGUAAGGCCUCCAGGAAACCUGGAGAGGAGAAAGUUUUUACUGGAAAUGAAAACAAAACGCUCUCUCCUUUCUGCAAGAGGGGCUUACCUGCUUUAGGAAUUGGAGCAACGAGUAGGUUCUGUGCUGCUUCAUCGUUACUCUCUUCAGUAAACAAUUUAUUUAACAAGGAUAAUUACGCAGAGUUAAGUGUGAAACAUGAUAAAGCUACCUUUAACUUUAAUAAUAGAGACUUUUCUCUUUCUCAAUUGCCCACAAAUUCUCUCGGAAGUUUAAUAGCAGAAGUAGAGAAUACCCCCCAGGAAUAUGUUUUAAAUUCUCAAAUGUGCCCUCGAGAUAUGUUAGUUGGCCUUUACAAUAAUGAAGAAACUAAUAAAGAAGCGAAUUCUCAAAAGCCCUUUCUAGAGACUACCUCUUUAGAUAACUCUAGCUCAGGAUCUGUAGCCGAACUACUUGGAGAAAUCGCACUUACUUACGUUAGUCCGAAUUCCGUCGCUACGGGUAAACGCAGGAAGAAGCCAUUAAACAAUAUUUUUAUUACGAGUGUAGCGCCGUCAUUUUUGUCCACGCUUUAUACUGCAAAUUACUCGGAGAUUACUACUAUACUUAACAAUGUCUAUGAGGUGUUGAAGAAGGCAUUUCCGAGCUUUAUUUAUUAUUUUAUUUCUUUUGCAAAUCUUAGAUUUGUAGAAGUUACUGAUGGAUUGAGUUUCUUUGCGAAGGAAUUUAUUGUUUUAUUGCGCAAAAGUUACCUCGAGAUUCAGACUGGCUUACUACUCCAAAAGCCUCAACUUACCCUUGAAAUUGGCGUUUUUAUGUUUAUUGCUUACAGUGCCCUGUUUUUUGUUAAAAAGUUGUCGUUGUGGUUGAGCUCAAUAGGAGCGCAUCUUACUAUGAGGCGAUAUAGAUUCGCGCCAAGUAGCUAUGGCGCAAAUAAGCAAGGAAGAAGUUCUAGUCGGGGGGCGGGGCAAAGUUCACGUUCGCUUUCGAGUAGCCUGAGAUGCACACAGGACCGCUUGGCCACCUUAGAACGCGAGAAUCUGGAACUUCUUAACCAAAUUCAGAAGGAGCAUGCAGACAACUCUAACGGUGAGAUUAUUGAGGAGUCCAGAAUCUGUCAGUUUGAAAACGAGCAUAUUGAACGACAAAUUAAGUCUACGCAGCGAGAACUUGAAUUUUUAAAAGCAAAGGAAACAGAAUUAAACAAACUUUUGUGCGAAAAGGAAGCUUCUUUCGGGACUACGCUGCGCGAUCUGGCGCUUUUUUGCAAGGAAGAAGCACAUAUUGAUCGUUCUAUCGGCACUCAUGAUUUUAUUUUGGAUCCAAGCAUUCCGGGCCAGCAAGAAAACGGUGAAUACCGCAAGAUGAAAGCACUGUCUAGAGAUUUAGAAAUCCGCGUGGAGGAUAUAGUUGCUGUCCUUUAUACGUCACGGGAUGGGGUUACUGCUCGGUGGCUCGACCUUCAAGGGGAACUCAUCUUCUGGACGACGAGGCUCCAAGUUUUCCGCGGACUAGUAAAGGAGUUUAAGAGCUUCAUUCAGAAGUGCCCCGAGAACUUCGUUGGCUCGGAUGAAGCCUUUUCUGUCUGUUUUAGAGACGUGACUUGCUAUCUUACCGGUUGGAAAUCAAAUGUUCAGCAAGUUCUGGAGGGAACGACUCGGGAGUGCACUGUGUUGGGCAAAGAAAUAUACGAAGUAGGGCGGCGUGGGAAGAUCCUGGGAGCCUUUUAUGCUGACCAUUUAGCCCGACUGCGCCAGGAAAACAGUCAGUUGAGAAGUGUCUUAUCGAAUAGUGGUGGCGCUAAAGCUGUCUUCCACGGCGACAAUGGCUUCCUUUCCCAAAUAGAGGGAAAAAGAAAGAAACUUCAGAAGAUUGAGCACGAUAUACUAGCACUCCAACAAGGCAAGAUUCCUCGAGUGAAACCUUUACCAGCCCUUAUCUCUCCGAAAGGCCAUCCUUGCGGGAAGCUGAGCGAUGGAACGGAGAGUGAAGUUACUGCUACGCUUGUACCUGACCGUCCAAUAUCGACUCCUGCUGAUCGCGGGACAGAUCCUGUCAGCCCUCACGACCCACCAGACACCAGUCUAUCCGCUGCCUCUACGGGCUCUUUCAGUGCACCUGCAGCCCCCGUGUUGCUUUCCCAGGGAGUUUUACCCCCUGCAGGCAUGGAUCUUCGCUGGGAUAUUCCCGGUUUGCUCUUUCCUGCUUCUUUUCCUGAGCCCGCGAGUCCGCCAGUUCUAGAAGAUUCUAACUAUGAUAUUGAUGAGGAUUGUUCAUUAUACAAUCCCUCAAAAAAUAUUGUUACGGAAAACGAUGAGGUUUAGAAAUGUGUAUGUCACCCUUAAAAUUGGAAGCGCAGAAUAAA